UGUUGUCCGGGCAGCUUCUGGUUUCCUGAGUCAGUUGUAAGAAGGAAACUACGCCAGCCAGGUGGUGCAGAAGCCAAGCAUCAGGGCAAACCUCUUGCCACGCAUCCUCUGGACAAGGUGGGCAGUAGGGAGCUGCCAUCGGCCAGCCCCACUUCUUCCUUUGAAACAGGAUCUUGGUUCUGGCAGAAGGGACGCUAUGGUCUCAAAAAUCCUUCCCCUGCUUUGUCUCGGGCUUUGUCUGGGCUACGAAGAUGAGAAAAAGCAUGAGAAACUUCCCAAACCCCAGCUCCAUGCCUUGCCCAGCUCAGAGAUCAAACGCCACAGCAGUGUGACCUUCCGGUGCCAGUCCGAGGUCCAGAACGUGACUUUCAUGCUGGGGAAGCUGCAGGACUCUGGGUACAGGCGAGAGCAGAACACAGGAAGACAGGAUGCUGAAUUCCUCCUUGUCAACCUGGACUCUGAAGAUGCUGGACAGUACUUUUGUGCCUACAGGACAACGGUUUCCCAGGAGUGGUCAGAAGAGAGUGAUCACCUGCAACUGACGGUCACAGAUGACCGUGGCGGACGCGGACCACCCCCAGCAAAAACAGACACCAAGGCCAUCUUCGUCGCCGCCUUCAGCUGCCUGUCCCUCCUUCUCCUCUUCUUUGCCAUCUUUUUCAUCUACAGAUGCUCUCAGGAUGGUUCAGCACCAGAAGAAUCCCCCCAGAGCCCUGUGCUUACCCCAAAGUCUUCAGAUCCCACACGUGAACGUUUCUCUCUCUCAGAACCAUCCAUCCCAAGCAGGAGGCUGCAGGUAAGUGGUGGGGAAGACAGCAUGAGGCAUCUCCGCAUAGCAAGGCUAAAAUCUGACUCUUGCAAUCUGAGAACUGAUUUUUCCUGCCCUUUAACUCACAUGCAGGUUUAUGCAAGCUGGAAAGGAUAUCAGAAUCGAAUGAAGACCCCCUGGGAGUGACCUAUGCCCAGCUAAACACCAAUGCACUGUCGGAGGCAGCUUCGGUGCCCGCUGAGGACCCCCCGGAAGCUCAUGACUAUGCAACACUGAAGGUGUAGAACUGGAACCCUGGGAAGGAGAAUGUGGAUUAAGAUGACUGGGGUGGCCGGACAUAUGAAAAUCCGGGUGACUCUGUGUCCUCAGCUCAUAAUCCAGUCUCAGGAAAUCGAGGUUUUUCCCUUCUCGCUUCCCUUCCUCUCGAAAGUUCCUGGGUGGAUUUCCAUGACUUUUGGAGUGUGAUCUUAGCAUGGCUUGUCUCAACACAUAGACUAAGAACACAUCCUGUGUAUGUGGGCUGGCGGGAUGCAUCAUAUCCGCUUAGGGAGUUCAGCACGGCGCCAUGUAAACAGAAACUGGUUCCUCUGAGAAGCCUGUGUGAUCGCUGUCUGGUGAGUCACCCCAUAGACACAGGGAUUUCAGAAAGGAACAGAAAAUACAAGCCAUGAAGAGAGAGACUCAAUGUGAAUUAACAAAAAGCAUCCCUAAGUGGCAUGCACCAAGGCAAGCAGCUCAAAGUAUUGGGUUCAUGGAGUUCUCCUGCGGCGAAGCGGGUUAAGGAUGCCACAUUGUCAUUGCAAUGGAUUGGGUAGCUGCUGGGGAGGUGGGUUCGAUGCCUGGCCCAGGAACUUCCACACCCUGCAAGUGCAGCCAAAAUUCGGUUCAGGACUCCUUCAAGCUGCGCUUUCGAGCAUACCAUGGAAUAUUAUUCAGCCACACGCACAAAAAAACCCCACUGUUACAUGCCAACAACCUGGAUGAACCUAGGAAACGUCAUACUAUGGGAAAGGAGCCGGACACAAAAACCUGCAUAUUGUAGGAUUCCAUUUAUAUGAAAUAUCUAGAAUGGACAAAGGCUUAGAGACAGAAAGCAGAGUUGCUGGGGGGAGUAGGGAGGGAGGGGUGAGGAAUGACUGCUAAUAUGUAUUGGGUUUCGGGUUUUUUUUUUUUUUUGAUCUUUUGUCUUUUUAGGGUGGCACCUGCAGCAUAUGGAGGUUCCCAGGUUCGUGGUCGAAUCAGAACCGCGGCUGCCGGCCUACACUGCAGCCACAGCCACAGAGGAUCUGAGCUGUGUCUUCCACCUACACCACAGCUCACAGUAACAGCGGAUCCUUAACCCACUGAGGGACACCAGGGAUCGAACCUGCGUCUUCAUGGAUACUGGUUGGGGUCGUUAACCACUGAGCCACGAAGGGAACUCCAGGGUUGGGUUUCUUUUGGGGGUGAUGACCAUGUGGUGGAAGCAGGUGGUGGUGAGGUUUGCAGUCUUGUGAACAGACUAAAGGCCACUGAAUUGUACACUUUAAAAGCGUGUUUACGGUGUGUGAAUUUUAGUUCAAUAAAAAACAAAGCAAAACAAGAACUUGACUGUAUGCACACCCCACAGCUUCUCUUAGUUCUUCCUGCACUGCUGGAGGUUUGGCUUGUUUCCAGCGCUGCGCUGUCAGCAAAACGCUGCAAUAAACACCUUUGAACCUGCCUUCUUGCUCACAUUAUGUGAUCUCUCGAGGCUUUAUAUUUAGCAGUCAAAUCCGUCUUCUAGACUAUCCGCGACUUUCAUCCCACUAAAGGGGCAAAUUGCUAACUAAGGUGGCUUCAUCUAUUUCUACUUCCACCAGGGAUGUGUGAGUUUCCAGUUCCCUGCCUUGCCAAGUGCCCUGUGUCCUUGCCAAUUCGCAGAUGUGUUCAACUUCGAAAUUUGUGCUGAUGAAAUCAAGAUAUCACAUGGUCCCUUU